AUGCGGUGCGCGAGCAAGGCCGCUGAGAGCGCGUCUGCACGUCUCUGUGCGGACGCCAAAGCAGAAAACGCAGCAACUGAUGUGUCAUCGGUUGCUAAAGCGACUCAGCCUGUGUCACCUGAGGAUGAGCUCGGUGUCUCAUACUCUCCUGAUGCGGAAGAUGGAUCUGUAUCGACGGCGAUCGAAACCAAUCCGCCUGCCAAGCGUGGCAUGGAUGAUGCUAUGCGUCGUAUCAUCUUUGAUUCAUCUGACGAAUCAGAUGAACCAUCGACGAAGCGAAGGCACUCGAGAUCGCGAGACUCGGGCGCUAACAGUGGUGUCGGUUCUCCUAUUGACACCACUUCGCAGCGAGGUACCAGUACUUCUGUCGGCACGUCGCAGGAAGAGCGGGACCGCAGCGUGUUGCGUCUCGCUCCCGAAAAGAAAGCAUGGCUGCCUCCAAAAUCAGUCAUGGAUCACUUGUCGGCGACGACGAGUGAUCGUUAUCGAACGCGAUUGUUCGAUUCAUCAAGAAUCCAUCACCUUGACCCCAGUGCGAAAGACUAUCGCGCUUAG